AUGAUUUCCAGCCAUGCCGAUAUUCGAAAUCAGAUAUGUCGGGACAUCCUUCCCAUGGCCUACCAGUCCGAAUCCUUAUUGUACGCAACAAUGGCGUUCUCCGCGCUUCAUCGCUCGACUCUAUUGAACGAACUUCCCGAUCAAUUCGUGCCGGAAGACCUGGUAUCAGAACUGAUAUUGGCGAGUAUGUACUGCCUGCGGCGGGACCUUGAAACCCCAGGCCACCCGACCCAGCCUCUCCUCCACACUAUCAGGACACUCUGCCAUUGCGAGAUAUAUUCCGGGCGCGCGAAUUCAUCCUGGCGGGUUCAUGUCAAAGGUGCGGGGGCCAUGUUCUCAGCCGUGGCUUCCAGGAGAGACCUGGACCAUUCUGAGUAUAGCUUCUGGCUUUGGUCGAGGUGGUUCUGGUCCAUCCAAGCAUUGACUGCUGUCACGGACGUUGGAACGUUGUCAGAGCUUUCUUUGGAGGUUCCAGCCAUGCAAGAAAACCAUGAAGAUUAUUUCUUUGACACCUACACCGGCUAUUCUUCCGAUCUGAAUAUUGUCCUGGUGCAAAUCGGCGCCAUGGCACAAAAAAAGCAAUCGAUAAUACCAGCGGGGGUGAAACCCCGGAGAGCUCGACGUUUCAUUAUCUGGAGAAGGCAUGCGAGCUUGAGAUUUCCGAGCCAUGUCGUACUCGACAAGAACACUGUUCGCCAGUUUGAGGCUUGCAACACUGCUUACCAGAAUGCGGGCUUGAUACACCUCUAUAGGCGACUUCGAAACAUGCCAACCGUCAGUGAGGAAGUUCAAGGGUGUGUUAGAACGAUUCUAGAUGCAGUUUACGCUAUUCUCCCGAUCACCACGCUCUCGCCGUGGAUCCUAUUAACAACACCAAUAUAUACCGCUGGUUGCGAAGCUGUUGGUCAAGAUAGGGAUUUGGUUAAAGAUCUUCUCCUCGGACUAUACUCCACGCUUCGCAUUCGUAAUAUUCUGAGGGCGAUCGAGAUUUUGAAUCAUAACUGGAGGGUCACAGAUAAAUUUAGAAAUAUACAGCAGCGGAUCAGCGGGAAAGAUAGCAGGAAAAGAAUUUGCGACGUGACAGGAACCCUAGAUUUCCUGGACUUUAUCCCGUACUAA